ACGGCGUCGUGGGCGUGGCACGGCGGGGGCGGGGGCGCGCGCCCCCGCUCCUGGGCGCCCGGUCUUUGGCGUAGACGGUGUCUGAGCCGUGGUGAUCCUGGUCUCCUUGCUCGCUAGUCAUGGCGACCGAAAAGAGGCCUUAUCACUUUGUGGUCUUCGGAGCCUCCGGCUUCACCGGCCAAUACGUGGCUCUGGAGGUGGCCCGGCAGCAGAUGAGCCCGGAGCUACGAGGCUCCGCGCUGCCCUGGGCUGUGGCCGGCCGGAGUCGGGAGAAGCUGCGGCAGGUGUUGGAGAUGGCCGCACAGAAAUUGGAAAGACCAACACUCCCAGAUGAAGUUGGUAUAAUAAUCUGUGAUAUCAUUAAUCCAGCCUCUCUUGAUGAAAUGGCUAAACAAGCAUCUGUUGUUCUCAAUUGUGUAGGACCAUAUCGAUUUUAUGGAGAACCUGUGGUCAAAGCAUGUAUUGAAAAUGGAGCUAGCUGUAUUGACAUCUCUGGGGAACCACAGUUUCUAGAAGAAAUGUAUUGGAAGUAUCAUGAAAAAGCUGCAGAGAAGGGAGUGUAUGUCAUUGGAAGCAGUGGUUUUGAUUCCAUUCCAGCUGAUCUAGGAGUAUUGUAUACCAGAAAUAAAUUGAAAGGUACUCUGACUGCUGUUGAAAGUUUCCUGACAGUAAAUUCAGGACCUGAGGGAUUGUGUAUUCAUGAUGCCACUUGGGAGUCAGCUGUUCAUGGUGUAGGUGACCAGAAGCGUUUAAGAAACCUACGAAAACAAUCAAAUAUGAAACCAGUUCCAGUUGUUGGUUCAAAAUUGAAAAAAAGAUGGCCUGUUUCUUACUGUCGUGAACUGCAUGAAUAUUCUGUUCCAUUCAUGGGAGCUGAUGCCUCUGUUGUGAAGCGGACACAGCGGUUCUUGCAUGAAAAUUUUCAGGAAACGCCAGUACAGUACGCUGCUUAUAUGACUGUUGGAGGCCUCACUUCUGUUAUUAAGCUGAUGUUUGCAGGACUUUUCUUUUUACUCUUUGUGAAGUUUAGCAUUGGAAGACAACUUCUGGUAAAAUUUCCCUGGUUAUUUUCCUUUGGGUAUGUCUCACAACAAGGACCAACACAGAAACAGAUGGAUGAUGCUUCAUUUACAUUUACAUUCUUUGGUCAAGGAUAUAGCCCCGACCAUACUACAAAACAUGGCAAACCCAAUAUUAAAAUUUGUACCCAAGUGAAAGGACCAGAGGCUGGUUAUGUGGCUACACCCAUAGCAAUGGUUCAGGCAGCUUUGACUCUUUUAAAAGAUACCUCUGAGCUUCCUAAAGGAGGUGGUGUCUUUACACCAGGAGCCGCUUUCUCCAAAACCAAGCUGAUUGAAAGACUCAACCAAUGUGGCAUUGAAUUUAGUGUCGUUAGCAGCUCUGAAGUCUAAAGAGUAGAAAUAUUUAUAAAAUUGCAUGAAUUAACAGCUUCUCCAUUUGAUACUUGAAAUUCUUAAGAUAAUUCCAUGUGAUCAGAGCAAAAAGGCUUUCAUAAAAAGCAGUUUGUGCUUGGCACACAUGCGCUAAGUUGCUAUUCUUAACUGUUAUCAUUGCUUGUCAGAGGGAUCUAAAAAGUACAUCAGAUACUUUCCUUAGAUAGAUGUGAAGUGGCUGGUCAGGUGGGAGGAGUGAGCUCUGAAACAUGGAGGACAACUUUGCAGUGAGUUUCCCUGAUGCUUUUAUGUGCCUUUGCUACUAGAGCUUGAUUCUCAAUACCGUCUAACCAGCUUUGGUUAUUUAAUGAGAUGAAGAAUAAGUUCAGCUGCCAUCUAGAUGACUGUUUGUACUGUUUGUACUGACUUGGGAGUUUGAAUGUGCUUCUUAUGUCCCAACUUACCUGCUAAUAAUACUUAGUGAUUCUUUCUUCUUCUGGCUGUAUUUGUAAAGUUUAUACCUGAGUGUGUUGAUAAAGAUUUUUCUUUGAUUUUCAGUGCCCGUAAUAAGUUUGUUCCUCAUUCACUUUUUAGGCCAAAACUGGGUCUCCAUUGAAGUAUCUUGUUCCUCACCAAAGCUAUACAAGGGUUUCUUAAAAUACUAAUAACGUGCCAUAUAGCCUUAGAGUCUGGUCUCAAAAAUGAUAAAACAUCUUUGUAUCUGCGAUGUCUGACCUUGGGGAGAGCACCUCUCUGGCACAAGAGUUUAUUCAGUUGUAGGAUGUGAGGGAAUGGACCAACUUUCUCAAGGUCCGUUUUGGUUUGUGCUUCUCUCUUAGACCCAAACACUUAUCAUGCUGUCUCAUUCAGAAUUAAAAUAUGAGUACACAUAAAAUAGUACAGCCUUUUAAAAUGUCUUUUGUUAUCCUUGGAAAUAGCUUUUGCUUUAAUGAAUUUCCUUAGCUAAUUAUUAUACACAUGAAGUAAAUAAAACUAUUGGUUUAAAUGAGAGCAUAUAAUUUAAAAAUUUAGAGUUUUAAGCCAUUUACAGUUUAUCCUAUGUACCUACAGAUUUCACUUUCAAACUACAGAGAAUUUUUUGAUCAGUAACUAACCUAUUCAGCUUCUUUUAUAAAAACAUAAGCAUUUGGUAAACCAGCAUUAAUAUUAACAAGUUAAAGUGAAUUUCAAAUGUUUUAUGGGAAGCUGGAGCCUCGAUAUUUGGUGUGCACUAAACUCUCUCUCUUCUUCUUAACUAUAAGAGCAACAUCAUUUUUCAGUUUCCACAGGCUAGCUUCAAGUAGUUCACCAAUGUCCUUUAAGAGAUGUGACUGUCUUUGUGUAAAAGGACGUAACAUUUGAUCAUCUUCCUGAAAAAUAAAUAAACCAAAAUGAGUAAGA